AUGCACCAAAUUACUAAGAUCCAUGGUGAUGAUGUUUUUAGUCCAGAGGUUUGCCGCACUGUUCAAAAACGCCAUGAUUAUGAAGAAACUUUUAAUCUUGCUCGGAAGGCGUUUGCUGAAAAGCAAAGGUUAACACAUAUUAAUAACAAUGAUAAUGACAAGGAAAAUUUUGAUCCAAGCCAAGUCGAAGACCCAAUUGAAAGACAACAUAGAGGGCGACCUUCGGUUAAGCGGCUUAAGAGUAGCACCGAACAAAUCAAAAGUAAAAAGCCUGUUAUGCAGAACAAAUGUGGUAAAUAUGGGAUUGCUGGACAUUAUGCUCCGACUUGCAAGAAAUAG